UUGUCAACACGUGGUGCUGUGGGUUGGUUAUCCUCGUUCUCAUCGUCGCAUGAACCUCAGGUCGUAUUUCGUAUGCAUCCAGCAUAAAAAUGACAACGAACGUCCACACGACACGAUUUUAUAAUUUAGAGACGAAUGGAAUCAAGUGUAUGGCCUUCGAUGAUUUCUCUGAUCUGUUGGCUGUAGCUAGGUCAGAUGAUACAGUCGAAUUGUGGAACUUGUCACAUUCGCCACACAUACAGCAGACAAUCCUCGAGACUUUCGGGACGAUUGAAGGGCUCGCCUGGUACGAAGGGAGGCUGUUCAGCGUCGGACUCCAGGGCUCAGUAAUCGAGUAUGAUCUCUUCACACAACAGCCGAAGUCAAUGCAUCCAUUGACUUCUGGAUCAAGUUGGUGCAUCGGGAUUUGUAAAGAAAAUAAAAAAUUAGCAGCUGGUACAGAAGAUGGGUUUAUAAACAUAUUUGAUUUAAGUGAUGAACUGAUAUACAAUAAACUGCUAGAUAAACAAGAAGGAAGAAUUAUAUGCUUAGUUUGGGAUAAAAAGGGUGAACAUAUAAUCACCGGAUCCGUAGAUACAGUGCGUAUAUGGAACGUAUCGACGGGUCAUGCGAUACAAAGGAUGGUUACGGGCCGGGCGAUGAAUAACAAAGAAACGAUAGUCUGGUCUGUUGCCAUCACAGAAGAUUUCACGGUCAUCUCAGGCGACUCGAGGGGCAAAUUGUGUUUUUGGGAUGGUAACACGGGUAUAAGCAUUACGAGUUAUCAAAGCCAUAAGGCUGACGUUUUGUCCCUUUGUCUUUCCAAGGAUGAAAACACUGUCUACUGCGCCGGUGUGGAUCCGCUAAUCGCCUCAUAUGAAAGGGUCAAAGUGAGGGAUUCAGACGAAAGAGGAAAGUGGGUCAAAUCAAUCCAGAGGGUCAUCCAUGACCAUGACGUCAAGUGUUUGGUUAUAUGCGAUGAUAAACUGUUUUCUGCAGGGGUUGAUGGUUAUUUAGCGAUGAGCAGCUAUCCUCCUAAGUUUCUUGUUAAAUAUCCUCCUUUAUUACAGCCACCUGCUGUGUGUAUCGCUCCGAAGUCGCGAAGCAUGCUUUUGCGUUAUCCAACAAGCCUGCUGAUCUGGAAGUUUGAAAAUCCCAACCCUGUCAAAAUGCUCGAGUGGAAGACGUCAAACGAGGCUAAAAUCAAGUGUGCCUCUUUGUCGAGCGAUGGCGCCUGGCUCGCUUGCUCAUCCCUCGGCAGGUUUCGCCUUUUCAAUAUUAAAUAUGAAUCGAAUGUAGCGAGGCUGAACAGGGUUAAAGUACAGACGAAAAAGAACUUGAUGUCAAACUGCCUGGCUUUUUCAGAUGACUCGAUGAAAUUAGCGGUUGCAACCGUCGAGGCGCACAUUCACAUCGUUGGUUUAUCGACGACAAAUAUAUUGGAAUCUUAUUAUCCUCUUAAAGAAAAAUCUUUUACAAGUACUGUUGGAUUCAUCCUCUUCUCGCCAGAUGGAGAUUUUCUAGUUGCUGCCGAUCUUCAUAGUAAUAUUUUGGUCUGGAAAGAAGGAAAGGUUCAUGCUAAACUGCCGAGAUACGCUUGUUCGAUUACAGCUCUGGCAAUUCAGCCCGAAACCGAUCUUCUAGUUGCUGUCUAUGCAGAUCAUAAGCUUGUUGAAUAUUCCCUGCAUAAAAAGAAAUACACAGGAUUCUCUCGGAAACUGCAGGACCAGCACCCGAAGCAAUGGCUCUCGCGUAAUUUCCCUGUGCACAGCAUAGCCUUCGAUCCGAAAAACAAAGACAUCAUAAUGUUGAAUGAUGAUUCAACAAUACUCAUCAUCAAUAAACAGAAGGAGAUACCAAAAACAGAGGCAAAAAUCCCUCGGCUGAGCUCCGGAGGUAGCGAUGUCUCGACUGACAUUUUAGAAAAUAGCAAUCAACACCCUCUCAACAACAGCCCUAAACAGGCGUUCCACGUUAUCAAGAAAUACAAGCAUCUUGUCUUCUUUGGUAUGCUUGGUGAAGAUGAAAUGAUCGCAGUCGAAAUCAGCCCUGUGACACUUAAAGAAAAACUGCCGACCAACUUCAAACAAAAGCGCUUCGGGAGAAUGUAGUUUAUUUUUUUAAAAGGGUCGGGUGAAAAAGAAAUUGUACAUAAUUGUAUAGAAAAUUUAUAUUUGA